AUUCUGUAUAAUGUUCAAUAAAUACUGAGUUUUUAAUGUCAAAACAAUUUUUAGUAUUGAAAAAUGCUGAUAACAGGUAAUUUGUGCAAAGUUUUUGUGUCUAUAUAAUUGAAAAAAAAAUAAAACAAACUGAAACUGAAAACUACUUGUUACGAAUACGCUACAAAAUUUAUACAAAUCAACGUUAUGGGAUUCGUGAGUAAGUUGUGAUUGUGGAUGAACUCAGGCGACGCCAUGGUUCGACAGAGCCUUGUGCAUCGGUAGUGUUUGACCAUGGAUCGAGAGAUUCCGAGCGUUCCGAUCACUACCUUGGCAGGGGUCGCUAGUUUAACUGACCUUCUUCCUGAAAUGCCUCUGCCAUCUCCAUUGCUGCAGACAUUAAGCAACAAAUCUCUGUUGUUUCAUCCGCGUGUCGCGGAAGAAGCGCAGAAUUUGCUGGGUACACGGGAGCACGCUCUGAUACCUCAACUUGUACAUUCUUUGUUGCAAUCAUCCACGGAUUAUAUAGAAUUAAAAGAUCAUUACGCCAGUACGGAACAGCAUGUGGACCAGCAACAGUGUAAACCUGAAUUGUUACAAGCAAUUUUAGAAAAAAAUCCAAACGUAUUUAAUUAUGGACCUCAGGCAAAUGCAAUACGUGCUCAACAGCAACAGCAACAAAUUCCGCUGACCCCAGUUUGGAAUCAUCCAAAUGUAAUGAUAGGAAGUGCUGCAGGUGGUGGUAGAAGUGUAAUAAAUGAUACAAAUUAUUUAUCAACAAAUUCAUCAUCAACAUCACAACCGCAAACAGCAAGCCAAUCAUCAUCAGAGACAUCUGGUGGUGUGAGUCAAUUAUCACCACAAACGCAAUGUGGACCAAAUCGGCAUACACCACAAGGUAGUCCAGCAAGUCCAGCAUCAGCACGUCUUCCACUUGUUGUACCAACAGUAGUACCUCAUUCAAACUCAUCGCAGCAAUCAGCGCAGCAAUCGACGUCAUCGUCCACGUCAGCGUCAUCUCAUCGACCGUCAGUUAUAACCGAACAACAAGUUUACCAUCAUAAUAACACCAAUAAUACAACACCAAGCUCAGAGCAGCAACAACAAACACCAACUUCUGCGUCACCUAGUUCUAUAGUCCAGAGUAGUUAUGGGCAUCAUCAUCAGAACAUAGCAACACCUCCAACUCCAUUAGUGUCUUCUUCACGUAAUCAAUUAAUAAAUUGUACAAAUGACCAAGUGCCGACGCCGACAACGUUAUUACAUCAUCCGCCAUCAAUUGAUUCAUCAUAUUUGUCUGGUACACAAACAUCGUCUUCAUCGUGUUCAUCAACAGAGACGCUUGGUUUCACAACACCAGGUGUAACAACACAAAAUACAACGAUUGUUGAUGGUAGCCACCAUCAACAGAGUGUACCAGGUAAUCAUCCAGAUUACACGUCAUUUCAUCAUAAUUCAUCGCAAAUGGCAUCAUCCUCAUCGACAUCUAGUGCAACUAAUAAUAAUUUAGAACAAGAUUUUGAACAAGUGUUGCCAGUGCAACGAAUACAAACUGUUAACGCAUUGUAUGCAACGUCAGAGACAAAUCGAGUGCCUUUAAAUAAUCCACCACAAGCCAGUUCAACGGAUACGUCUAUCAUAAAAGCACCCCAACACAAUACACCAUACAGUGUGGGUUGUUUUACUCAACAAAAUCCAACCCUACAGACACAAACGAGCAGUGCUUCACAUGACCUGGUGAAUAGUAAUCAUGUGACGACGACGUCCAAUCCCACAUACCCAACAUACUUUAAUAAUACUAGUGCUAUCGAUAAUAAUACAGUGUCACGACGUCCUAACACCAGUGCGAUUAGUACGACAUCCGCGUCUGCGUCAGCGAUUAGUACGGUCGGUGGUGCGAUCAGUUCGAAUGUUAGUGAGCGUGAGACACGACAGGAUCAUGUGAUUAAACCAAUGAAUAUUCGAGGACCAUCACCAGCACAAGCUAGUGAUGCACCAGCAGCCCCUUCGACACCUAUCUCAUUUUCAACUGGUGAACAAUCGUUUACAAGUAAUAAACCGUCUACGGCUGUCAGUAUGCCUCAACCAGUUGUCCGACUUAAUCGUAUCACUCAAGAGGAUCAGGCGCUAAUGCAGCGAAGUUUAAGUGAGUUCGCUGAAAAUCGACCGCAACUUGCUAGUAAAUUAGGAAUAACAACAUCGAAUCAGGGUACAGAUGAAUCCGACCAAGAAGAUGUUUCAUUCGAACCAAAAACAACACGACGAGGGACUAAACGGAUUACGGACGAUAGUAAAGAUGAUCUGGGUACACCACAGCAAACAGAUUCAUUUACGUCCCUAAUCAAUGUACGAAAACGCAAAGUAAAUGCUAUCAAAGAACCCGAAACACCUACAUUUGAAGUAUCAAAACCAAAAUUACGAAAGGUUGAACGAAGGUUCGUUCCCGUUCUAGAAAAAUUAUCGAUUGAAGAAUUAAUGGAAACAAAUACUUAUGUACGAUUUAGUCGAUCAAUCGACAACGUUUUGAAAAAUGUUGAUGAAACAUAUUUUGAACGGCGCAACGAUGACGAUGUUAUGUUAUCAGAAGAACCAUUAAUAUCCCGAUAUCAACUCCAAGAAGUAUGCAGUGAGGCAGCCAAACUGAAAACCCUCGGUGCUAUGCAUAUGAUACCAGCUGAUCGUCUUGUACGAUUAUUAAAUCUACUCGAACACAGCAUACGUGGCGGAGAUCGAAUAUCUCCAUUAACCGAUCCCGACGAUAAUGAAGAUAUACGACAAAUGUGGAUGGAAACAGCAAUGGAACGGGUUAUGAGCGCUGUAGAUGCUUCUCUAACCUGUAUGUACGUGAUGACAUCACCAAAUAUGUCUAAACGUGUUUACCUGGAGGAUACAAUCGAUCGUGUUAUCCUAUUUAUAAAGUAUCAAUUACACAACACGAUAUUUCCAUCGUUUGAUUCGGUGUAUCGAGUCACUAGCAAGAAGAAGGUUGAUAAUCGUAAACGUAAUAGUCGACAGCAUACGAGUACACAAGUUCGUGAGAAAAGUAUUGUCCAAUUGUAUAAUAAAAUUCAUGAACUUGUUGCUUUACUUGCGGAAUUAUUACAACUUCAAACGUUAACCGAUACGACGGUGCUACAUGCGUCGUCUAUGGGUGUUGCACCAUUUUUCGUUGAUAAUGUUAGCGAAUUACAAUUAUCGUGUUUAAAAUUAGUAACAACAAUAUUCACCAGAUACGAGAAUCAUCGACGAUUAUUAUUAGACGAUAUUCUUUCAUCGAUAGCACGAUUACCAAGCAGUAAGCGAGGUCUUCGUUCAUAUCGAUUACUGAGUGAUACAGAAGAAUAUAUCCAAAUGUUAACCGCCUUAGUUUUACAAUUAAUUCAAUGUGUCGUCGCAUUACCUGAAACACUUUCCUACGACAAAGAUAAAAUUCCAAACGAUAGUGGUCCAGGUGCUGGAGGAGGAAGUACAAAAACAAUUGACAAAGAUAUUUUAAUACAUAAUAAAUACGAGACAGCAAAAACCACGGCUGGAACAUUUUUAACAGUGUUCCUUGGUAAAUGUGGUAAUAAAAAUGAGGAUAUUGAUUAUCGUCCAUUAUUCGAGAAUUUUGUCCAGGAUUUAUUAACGACGGUAAAUAAACCUGAAUGGCCCGCUUCGGAGAUGUUACUCAGUCUUUUAGGUACAAUGUUAGUUUAUAAUUUUACAAAUAAAACGCAGGAUCAGGCCUUACGUGUUGCGUCACUUGAUUAUCUUGGUGUAAUCGCGGCAAGAAUACGUAAAGAUGCUGUAACAUCUUCUUGUAAAUUAGAAACAAUUGAUCAAAUGAUUAAAGAUAUUAAAAAUGAAGAGAUCAAAGAUGGUGAUGAAGAUAAUGCUUCAUCUAAAUCGAAACAACAAACAAUAAAAUUUAAUAGUCCCGAAGAGGAGCGUACCCAUUUUUUACAACGGGUUUUAUUGGAUUAUCUAGCUGUGAACGGACAAAAAGAUCAAGCUCAUCGUUACGCUCGCCAUUUUUAUUUAGUUCAAUGGUUUCGUGAUGCUAUUUCUGAGAAGAAAACAAUUGCAAAUCAGGGUAAUAAACAAUCGGAUAAAACAAAUAGCAAAUCGAAGAAGUCAAAACAAGCUAGUGAUGAUUCUGGGUCUGAUUCCGAAAUGGAUGAACCUUUAAAUCGAUUAGCGAACAAUACAACGGAUCAAAAUGAACUUUAUCGUAUGAUCGAGGAACGAAAAAAGUUUUAUAUCAGUAAAAUUCGUCCAUUUCAAGAUAACUUAUCAGCGGGUAAUCGUGUACAAGUACUACAAACGUACAUCGAUUAUAAAAGUGCCGAAUUAAUUUCACAAUAUUUAGCAUCAAAACGCUCGUUCUCGCAGAGUUUCGAUCAAUUUUUAAAGCAUAUUUUAAUCGUGUUACGUGAAACAUCGAUUGCAAUCCGUACGAAAGCAAUCAAAUGUUUAACAAUGAUUGUUGAAGCGGAUUCAUCGGUUUUGGCACGAUCUGAUAUGCAAAUUGGUGUGAAACAUUCAUUGCUCGAUAUUUCAACGUCCGUACGAGAGGCAGCUGUUGAUCUAGUUGGUAAAUUUGUUCUAAGUCGUCCAGAAUUAAUCGAUAAAUAUUAUAAUAUGUUGUUAGCACGUAUCUUGGAUACGGGUGUUAGUGUGCGUAAGCGUGUUAUCAAGAUAUUAAAAGAUAUUUGUAUCGAAUGUCCUCAAUUUCAUAAGAUACCUGAGAUUUGUGUUAAAAUGAUACGACGGGUCAACGAUGAAGAAGGUAUCAAGAAGCUAGUAAUGGAAGUCUUUCAAAACAUGUGGUUUACUCCGACCCCAGAACGACAGGCAUUCGAUUCGGAUAUUUUAUUACGUAAAGUUAUGAAUAUUAUUGAUGUAGUCGCUUCCUCGAAAGAUAUGGGAAUGGAAUGGUUUGAAAUGUUGUUAAUAUCGUUGUUUAAACCGCGCGAGGAUAAAGAUGAUUCAACGAAAGUUGUAUCCGAACCACCAAAGUCACUGUUGACAGCAUGUCGACAGAUUGUUGAUUGUUUAAUUGAGAAUGUGUUACGACUGGAGGAAGGCGGUCAAGGCCAGGAAGGUGGACAAGCUGGUGUUGAACGUUUAGUCGCAUGUUUAAUUACUCUAUAUUUAUUUGCCAAAAUACGUCCACAAUUGUUGGUUAAACAUGCCAGUACUCUACAGCCGUAUUUAAGUUACAAAUGUCAAACAAAACUUGAUCAUCAAAUAGUGAGUUAUGUGGCUCAAACAUUAGAAUUAGUUGUACCAUUGAUAAUACAUCCGUCAGAGACAUUCUUAGCACAAUUAGAAGAGGAUGCAAUCAAAUUAAUAGUACAAAGUGAUCGAGCUGUUGUUGCAAGUUGUAUCGCAUGUUUAAGUUCAAUUGUGAACAAUGUUACCAGAAAUUUUAAAUUAAUACGUGAUUGUUUUUAUAAAUAUUAUGGUAAUUUAGGUAACUAUAAACAAUUAAUAGAAAAGGAUCCAACGUUAAUCAAUCAGGAGAAAUAUAAACCAACGGUUCGACGAUCCAUGUACACCGUUGGUCUUCUAUUACGACAUUUUGAUUUCACUGAUAAGGAUGUUAUACGGGAUUUACCUAGUGAUAUUAAAGAUCAAGUAUUUAAUAUGUUAACGUUUUAUCUUAAUUUAAACGAUAAAAAUAUUCAAGCGAAUACAUUAAUGGCGAUUGGUGCAGUAUGUGUCCGCCAUUAUGAUUUUAUGCUUUUAGACAGUUUAAAACAAUUUUAUCAUAGUAUGUUAGUCAAUACAAAUUCACCGUUAGAAAUGAAGAUUGAAGUGUUACGUAAUAUUGAAACAUAUUUACUGGCGGAAGAGAUGCGUAUGAUUAAACAAGAUCAAGAAUGGGCGAAACGUUCAAAGGAUGAAAAUCUAAAGGAAAUGGGUGAUGUGUCAUCGGGAAUGGCCAGUACAGUUAUUCAAUUGUAUUUAAAAGAAAUUUUACAAUCGUUUAUACAUCCUAAUAUUGUUGUACGACACACAGCCAUGCGAGUUAUACAUUUGAUCUUGCAACAAGGUCUUGUACAUCCUGUUCAGAUUGUACCAUAUUUGAUAAGUAUGAGCACCGAUGAAGAGAAAAUCGUAUCGCAUUGUGCGGAUAAACAGCUACAAGAUAUUGAGAAAAAGUAUCCAGGUUUUAUACACAUGAAAUCACAAUAUGGUAUUCGUUUAUCGAAUCAAUUACAGCGUAUCAUACAAACGGAUGAAAUUGUACGUGGCUAUCGUAUUAAAGAACAAGGAGAACCACCCACAGCAUUAAAUGGUUUUCUUUAUUCAAUAUUACGUAAUACAAAGCAACAACGGCGUGCAAUUGUUUUAUCUAUUUUAAAACAAUUUGAUGAACAUAAUAGAACAACGUUAUCAUAUAUGCUGUAUUUAGCUGAUAAUUUAGCAUAUUUUCCGUUUCAAGUACAGGACGAGCCAUUAUUUAUAAUUCAUCAUAUUGAUAUUAUGAUUUCAGUCUCAGGGACAAAUUUACUACAAUCUUUUAGAGAGGCCUUAUUACCGAUAAAUGGUUUUCAACAACCAUCAUUACAACAAAAUCUCCAAGAACUCCAAUUUCUAAAUCAACAGAACGAAUCAUCUGAGAAUAAUGAUUCAACACAAUUGCCAUCACAAGAGAAUCAUUCAACGGAUUCUGUAUCAUCGUCACUGUUGAUACCGCCGUCCUAUUCACAGAUAGCUCCAUCAAUUGCUGCUUCAACACAAAUCAUUGAUGAUUUCGAUGAAGAGGAUGAAGCUGAUAUUCUAGCACGAUUACCAGAAGAUACACAACCCUUACAGAGUUGUAUAACGGCGGCACAAGGAUGUCUGCUACUCCUGGUUCUAAAACAACAUCUAAAAGAUACUUAUGGUAUUAGUGAUAGUAAAAUUUUACAAUAUUCACCAACGGAGACAGCAAAAGUAUAUGAAAAAGCAGUGACCAGAAAAGCAAAUUCAAUAUUUAAUCCAAAAGCGACGCUAACACGACUAAAACAAGGCACACCACCACCCGUUCUGGAUGAAGUGGGACGUAAAGAUUUAGUCAGUCAAUAUGUAGACUUUAAACAAUUAAUGUUAAAACUGGACCCAGACGAUGAUGAAGACGAAGAUAACGCGAAUAAUAAGUCGACAUCAACAAAUCCCCAAAGUCGUUUGGUUGGUAACCCAGUUAAUGCAGUUAACAACACAACUGGUAACGCAACAAACCCCACAGCGACCAGUCAGACCAGUGGCCAGACAACGUAUCCAUCAACACAGAAUCAAAGUGGACAAAUAUCAACGGAUCUAUCUACAUCUCAGACUAGUGAAUCAUCACCCAAUAAAUCCUUUCAAUCCGCGUACAAUUCAUCCUCACAGCUGCAAGUACAAGAGAAGGAUCCAUUGGGUGGUAUUCCAGAUACACCUGUUAUUAAUUUAACAAAAGACAGUCCGCCACGUGUUCCAAAAUUAGUGAUAUCAAAUCGACGGCCAAUAACGACCGUUGAUUUAACCUCCGAUAACAAUACAAGAAAUCGAUCACGAUCGCAUCGUGCAUCUGAAAAAUCGAAAAAAUCGCGAACAAAACGAAAACGGAAAAAAAUAUUAACAUCCUCAGGCUCAGAUUCCGAUGACUUCAGUGAUCCAGACUUUUUAGCGUAACAACUGAUUUAAUACCAUUCAGUAGGUGAUUUAUUUUUGUUAUUGAGACACAAACUCAACUUGAAUAAUAUACAGUGUGUGUAAGGAACGUGUGUGACAAAAACAUAAUAAUUUAAUAAAUAAAAAAAAAAAAAACACUAUCAGCUUUUAUUUAGAGUACAGUGUGAAUAAAGAAUACAAAUAAACUUCUAAAAAAAAAUUCUUUAGUGCUGCGUCUGCGUGAGUGAUUUAUAUAAAAAAG